AUGGUACCAGACAAUAUGUUACUCGAACCUCCAUUUGAAGGUGCAUGCCUUUAUCCAAAAAUAACUGAACCACCGAGGCGUCGUUGGUAUAGCAGGAAGAUAUUCUUCAUUCCAGUCAGCGUAUUAGCAACGAUGUUAAUUAUAGCAGUUGUUCUCGGUUCUGUUUUAGGAUCAAGAUCUACUAACAAUGCACCAGUGAAUAUGUGUGAUGGUUUCGUACGUCAUGAGAACUGGGACAUUUAUGGAAAUGAUAUAUCCCUUGUAGGUGGAGUUAUCAAUUAUGCUACCUGUUGCUCAAUAUGUCGAGCAAAUAAAGAAUGUGCUGCUUUUGUGUAUUCGCCAUCAAGCAAAGAAUGUUGGUCGAAAAAGAGUGUGGAAAGUGGUGGAAUCUUCAAUGACAAAAAAAUAUCUGGAUAUAAGGUAAACGUCUGUAAUGAUUUCGUAAGUAAAGACAGGUGGAACAUACCUGGUAAUGAUAUAUUAUCUUCUUCUGUUCAACAACCCGAUUAUGCUAGCUGUUGCUCAACAUGUCAAGCAAUUUAUGGAUGUCUUGCUUUUACAUAUUCACCAUCAAGUCAGCAAUGUUGGCCGAAAACAAGUAUGAGCAGUGGUAAAAACUCAACUGACGAUACUAUCACUGGAUAUAAUCAGCACAUGUGUGAUGGGCUCGUACGUAAAGACGGGUGGGAUAUACCUGGUAAUGACAUAUUACCUUCUCCUGUACAACAACCUGACUAUGCUAGCUGUUGCUCAAAAUGUCAAGCAACUCCUGAAUGUAUCGCUUUUACGUAUUCACCAUCAAGUCAACGAUGUUCACUGAAAACAAGUAUGCGUAAUGGUGGAAACUCAACUGGCGAUACCAUUACUGGUUAUCGUUUUCUACCACUACGUGCAAGUCUCAUUGAUAUUCAUCCGAAUGCAAAAUGGUCAAAGAAUGGUAUCACUAUUGCUGGAGGAAAUGGACAAGGUAGUGGGAUCAAUCAACUUUCAAAACCAUGUGGUUUGUAUGUUGAUGAUGAUCAAACAAUCUAUGUCGCUGAUCAAUUAAAUCACCGUAUUGUGGAAUGGAAAUGGAAUGCGACGAGUGGUCAAGUAGUUGCCGGUGGAAAUGGACAAGGAAUUGGAGAUCAUCAAUUGAAUAACCCAUAUGAUGUGAUUAUCGACAAAGAGAGAGAUAGUCUCCUCGUAUGCGAUAAUUCGAAUAAAAGAGUGGUUCGAUGGCCUCGUCGAAAUGGGACAAGUGGAGAAACAAUCAGCUCCAACAUCUCUUGUGUGGGCUUGACAAUGGACGAGAAUGGAUCUCUCUAUGUCUCUGACAAUAAAAUAAAUGAAGUGAGACGAUAUCUAAGAGGAGAAUCUCAAGGAACAGUGAUUGCAGGUGGCAAUGAAUAUGGAAAUCGUCUUAAUCAACUCGGUUACCCACAAUACUUAUUCGUCGAUCGAGAUCAUUCAGUAUACGUCUCUGAAUGGAACAAUCCUCGUGUGAUGAAAUGGACGGAAGGUGCAAAAGAAGGCAUUAUUGUAGCUGGUGAUCAAGGACAAGGAAAUGGUCUUACACAAUUGACAAACACUCAAGGGGUCGUUGUCGAUCAAUUGGGUACUGUUUAUGUGGCUGACUUUUUGAAUGAUCGGAUCAUGCGUUGGUCCCGAGGAGCCAAAGAAGGAAGUAUCAUUGUCGGUGGAAAUGGUCAAGGAAAUCAAUCAAACCAACUGAAUCGACCCGUCGGUUUAUCAUUCGAUCGACACGGAAAUCUCUAUGUCGUCGAAUGGGAAAAUCAUCGAGUACAAAAAUUCAACAUCGAAUCCAAUAAAUAAAGGACAAGUAACUAAAAAGAUACUUUUACACUGUAUUAAUUGUAAGCAUGUCAUAAAGGACACUGCGCCGCAGCCAUGCGUAAAAUGCUUGAAAAACUUUUAAUAAAUUUCAUUAUACUUUUAAAUAAUAAUAUAUUUGACACAACUCAAGAGC